AUGGACUGGUUGACACUUCACGGUACUAUAGUGGACUGUAGAUGGAAAGUUAUUGAAUUAAGACAUGGUAGCGGUGAGAUCCUUCAGGUAGAGUCCAAUGAGUCUAGUGGGUCACCGAUUGUAGUUUCUUCAAUAAAUGCCCAAAAAUGUUUAAGAAAGGGGUAUGAAUCUUAUUUGGCUUAUGUGAUGAAUUCAAAGGAAUCUAAGUUGGAGGUUGAAUCAGUACCUAUAGUAUGUGAUUUUGCGGAUGUGUUUCCGGAGGAAUUGCCAAGUUUGCCCCCGAUUAGAGAGGUUGAACUCGGUAUUGAGUUGAUGCCAGGGACUGCACCUAUUUCGAUUGCUCCAUAUAGAAUGGCUCCAACAGAACUGAAAGAGUUAAAGUCUCAACUACAAGAACUAACUGACAAGGGAUUUGUAAGACCAAGAUUUUCACCAUGUGGUGCUCUCGUGUUGUUUGUGAAGAAGAAGGAUGUGUUUAUUGAUGAUAUUGUAAUCUACUCGAGAGAUGACACAGAGCACACCGAACACUUGAAGAUCGUUCUACAGAUUUUGAGGGACAAGAAAUUGUAUACUAAGUUCAGUAAGAGUGAGUUUUGGCUUCGGGAAGUUGGAUUCCUAGGCCACAUCAUUUCAGGUGAUGGUAUUCAAGUUGAUCCCAGUAAGAUUUCUGCCGUUGUUGAAUAG